UACGUUUUUAAAAACUAAUAUUAAUUUUUAAAAUUUGAAAUGAAUUAAUUAUGUGUAUUAAAGCACUAAGAUAUAUUUUCACUACAUACAUAUGUAGCUAAAAGCAAAUUUUCCUUUUCAUAAACAAAUUAUUUAACAUAUUAAAGUUUUCACCCUUCAAUUAUUACUUCAAAUUUAUGAAUGUGCUGUGUUACUUUUAACUUUCGUAAAAUUUUUGAAAGUUAAUAAUCUUCCAAAUAUUUUCAUUAUACUAGAGAGAUGAAAUGACAUCUAGUAGUGGUGGACAUCUAUCGUCGUCGUCAUCCUUAACAAACAUGUUUGAUCCUCAUAUAUACGCUUGCCAGUCACUUGUUUCUGAAUCAAUUAAUUCUAAUUCUGCGAUAACCGACGAUGCACAAAAGCCCCAAAAUAUUAAAGCUGCCGUCACACCAUCAGGUUCCCCACAGAAGCCGUCACAUAAAAAUGUAACCUCAAACACAGUAAUUUUAAUUCAAUCAACGGAAAGUGAGACACCAAAAACAAACAAUCGGAAGAAGGAAAUUGUGUUCGUGCAAAAUACUUUAGCUGAAUUACCUACAUCAAAAGUUGGCACCCCUGACAACACAACAAACACCCAAAGCACAGCAAGAAACACAACGUAACCAGAGUGAUAUCAGGAGCGACAAAGAGUGCACAGUUAAUAACGAUUUCAAAGAUAAGAUUCAGAAUAAACUUUUUGAAAGAUAAAAACUACAAUACAGUUUGAGGCAACAGAGAAAAUUUUCAAGUCAGUUAUCAUUGAGACAACAGCAGAUUCCAAAAGCUCGUUAUACUGCGACACGAGAUUACACGAAGUGGAACAAAGAGAUUGAAUUAAACUACAAGAAAAAAAAAGAAUCUCCCUAAGCUGUGAUUCCAAUUGCUUCAUCAUCAGAUCAUCCAGAAGAUAGAGAGUAAUGAGAACAAUCAAAAUAAAAAACAAAACUUAUUCAUCUCGAAUAUGAAACUUUAGGAUCCAGAUCUCAACAGAAACUAUGGUGUGGUAUCUACUGAAUUGAAAAAAGAUACUCGUUCAAUUGAGCAAACAUUGAACGACAUGCAACAAAAGAAACGUUUGAAAACUCAGUAUCAAAAUGACACUUAAGUAUGAUUAUAUACAUACCUAUCUAUCUACUUGAAAUUUUUACACAAAUGCAAAGUUAGAAAACAUCAUCUUAUUUCUAAAAAGAAAACAAAAUGUAAAAUAUCCAGUGAAUAUUAUUACGAAUUAAAAUAUGUGGUGCAUAAAAAGCAAAUACUCUUACAAAAAUGAAAAGAAAAAAACAAUACAAAAUAUAUUUAUUUCAAUAUCUCUUAUUAGAUUCUUCCAUUUUAUAUAAUCAUUUGUCGUUUUGACUUUAUUACAAUUUUCAGUAAGCUUAAUUCGAAAAAAGAACGUCUUGAUUUCACAGAUUAGGUAAUUAAGUGUUUUGACAUUUUGUUAUCUGAUUACAUAUGAAUUAAUUUUUCAAAAGGUUUUUUCUGAUAAUCGAUUGCUACACAUUUCUUUAUAAAUAAUAAAAUUGAAGGAGAUAAAAAAUUAAAUUGCGAGUAUUUUUAAGCCUUUGGUAAAUUAUGAUAAAACAUAUAUAGGUAUGCUCCCUUGAACAUUAAUGGAUAAAUCAUGUUUUGAUUGCUUAGAUAAGAAAAUCAUAAGAACUUUUUUUUUCUUUCUAAGAAAAAAAGCUUCGAACAAUUAAUUAGAAAGAAAUUUAGCGAAUUUAAGAUAUAAGAACUUGGAAAAAAAAUAUCAAUAAUAGGAAAAGCUGAUAAGCUGAUAAGACAAACAUGGGGUAAAUCUUAAUUGUGUUUUAUUGCGUAAAGAGAUUAAAAGAUUAAUAAUGUAAAAUACUAUAUUGCAUCCUCCUCAAACAAUGUUAAGUAUCACUUUAGAAUUAUAUUCCAUUUGCUUGUCUGAUAAACAGCUCUCGAAGGAUAAGAUUUUUCAACAUUUAUAAAUGGCCUUGGCGAUGGAAACCCCGACACAUUGUGAAAAAGAAAAGAAUAUCUUGCUUCAAGAUCUAUUACUAAUCUCGUUAUUGAUUGGUUUGAAUUUUGAUAUUUUCCAUUAGCACCGUUUUCAAUACUGUUUCUC